AUGGGAGAGACUGGGAGGGUACGCGUGGCUGUACGCGUGCGGCCUCUCCUUAGCUUCGAGAAGACAGAGAGGUUAGGAGAGUGCCUGAGCUGCAUCCCCCAAUCCAAGCAGCUGUGCGUUGGGGACGGCGGGGACAACGGGCGAAAUACCUUCACCUUCGACUUCACCUUCCCCAAGAGCUGCGAACAGAGGUCGCUCUACGAUGACUGCGUCGCUUCCCUGUUGGAAGCCUUCUUCGAGGGGUUCAAUGCCACCAUCCUGGCGUACGGUCAGACCGGCUCGGGCAAGACCUACACAAUGGGAAGCGCCAGCAGCCUGAGGAUCGCCGAGGAGGAGCAGGGCAUCAUCCCUCGCGUCAUCACCGGGAUGUACGACCUCUUGAGAGAGGCGCUGGAGGAGAGGCCCAACGUCUCGUACUCUGUACGGUGUCAGUUCCUAGAGAUCUACGGCGAGGAGAUACACGAUCUACUAGAGCCGGCCGGUUCCACCGUGACCAUUCGCGAAGGGCAGAAUGGAGAGGUCAACGUGCACGGAGCUAAGGAGAUGCUGGUCAACGGUGCUGAGGAAAUGGCGAUGCUGCUGGAGAGAGGGUCCCUCUGCCGGACCACGGGUUCGACGCUGAUGAACGCACACUCCUCGCGAUCCCACGCCAUCUUCACGGUGCUGUUGGAGCAGCGCAUCCGGCCGGAAGGGGAGGCGCCUGUCGCGGAUGAGAGGGUGGACCCAGAUGACGUGGAGAUCCGUCGUUCGAAAUUUCACUUCGUUGACCUGGCGGGGUCUGAGAGGGCAAAGAGGACAGGGGCAUCCGGUCAGCGUUUCAAAGAGGGUGUGGACAUCAACAAGGGGUUGCUGACGCUGGGUAACGUCAUCAGCGCCCUAGGCGACGACACCAAGAGAGGGAAGGUCCACGUCCCCUACCGGGACUCGAAGCUGACGCGCAUGCUUCAGGACUCGCUGGGCGGCAACAGCCAGACCCUCAUGAUCUGCUGCGUCUCUCCCUCGGAGUCCAACAUGCACGAGACCCUCAGCGCGCUACGGUACGCGAACCGCGCCCGCAACAUCCAGAACAAGCCGGUGGUAAACCGCGACGCAAACUCGAUGGUCAUCAACGAGCUGCGGGAGAAGGUGCAAGCCCUCGCGGCGGAGCUCCUGCGGAUACGCUCGGGCGGCGGCGGGGGCGGGGAGGGGGGGGGCGGCGGCGACGUGUCCGCGGAGACCCUCCGAGAGCUGGCCGCGGCUUCCACGCCCGCCCGCCAGUCACCGAGACCGCUCGCGCGGGCGAGCUUUAGCCGGUCGGGGCCGCUGGACGCGUCCGCUCCCGUGCAGCGCGAGCUGACCAUGCUGCGGGCGCGGGUAGCGGAGGCGGAGGGCGAGGUGGUACGCCUGACGGAAGAGACGAAGCUCGCGCGGAAGCGAGAGAGCGACAAGGACGAUGCCCUUGCCGGGGUCCGUGCCGAGCUGGACCUCGCCCACGAGGCCCUGAGAGGGGGAACGGGAACCGACCAGCUCAUGCUAGACAUCGCCGAGGCGGCGGAGGAGGCGGUCGGGGACGGCGGCGAUGCUGCAGCCACCGCCGCUUCGCUUGUCGAAGCCGAGGCCCAGGAGGAGUCCACGGGGGAGGAGAACGUUUCCCCCAAGUCCAGACUGGGUGGAGUCCUGAAGGGAUUUUUCUCCGGGUCCGCCGGGUCGACAACGCGCUCCAAGUCACCCGGCAGCAGUAGCAGCAGCGGUGCCCUUGGGGAUGGAGGCGGUACCCAUAGGAGGCCGGAGGGGGAGGCAAGCGGGCAGGGGCCUUCUUCCGCCGCGGGUGCACCGAGGGGGGCAAAGCCGGAGGCGGCGGCGCGUGAGAGAGCUCUUGCGGUGGUGAAGGACUUCCACCAGCGCAUCCAAGCGCUGGAGGGCAAGCUCCACGACUCGGAGAGGCAGAGAGCGGCCCUAGAGCGGCAACUGGUGCAGAGCAGCGGCGGUGGGCCCGGGAGCGGGGUUGGGGGGAGCGGGGCGCCCCUGAUGGUCGGGUUGUCGGCGAAGCUUGCGGCGGCGGCGGCCGGGGACACCGGCGAGCUCGGCACCGAUGCGGUUGCUGAGGCCAACAAGAGGCGAGAGUCUCUCCGACCUUUUCGUUGA